AUGCUGGGGAGAUUAUUUAGUGGUUCAACGACUGGUACCCUUUCACAACACCACCACUCCCCCCUCAGUAUCAACGGAGUCCUCUUGAACAACGCAUCAGGUCUUAACAGUCCUUCCGUUCAAGCAGGCAAACCAUCGUACGAGGAUUCUUACACAAGAACACUACUUUACGGCACAGCUGACCGUCUGAAUCCAGUUUGCUCCCUGAAUGAGUUUCAAAAGCUGUUCCGCGUUGUCAUCUUCCAGGAUGGGCGGGUACUGAAUACAAGGCAAGUUUUGUUUGAUUCAGCCGUUAAACAACAAACUUCAGUGCAAAAUGGAGCUAACAAGGUGAAGUUUAAUUUGAAUACAAAGAUGUUUCAUAACUACUCUGAGCUAUCAGAGUACAUGUUCGGUAGUGGUGUGCCCAUCAAUGAUUCUACCAAUUCCAUCAAGUUACAUAUUCUUCCAGACUUGCCAUAUCAUUCCGUUCACAAGGUGAAAUUGGUUCUAAUUACCCGUCUCUUCUCCACGACUAAUAGAUUUGACAGUAACUUUGGAAACCAUUCUACUUCAAGUACCAAUGCGCAUGAUCAGGAAUGGGUAACUCAUCCCACCAUCGAUCUGUCAAUCAAAGGCCGCGGUAAGCGUUCAGGUGCCACAAAUUUUGGUAUUGGACUCAUCAUUCCCAUAUCGUUGGAGAACUGCUUGAACACUGUCAUCGGAGAUAACUGGGAAGAGCUAACAGAUUACGCAUGCCAUUUGCAGUUUACAACCACCAAUAAGUUGCAGAAAAUAUACAACCUCCAGCAGCUUACAGAUUCAAAAGACAAAGAUUCUGCCACUCCAAAUUUUUCAUCAUUUGUGCUGCAAAAUGAUGUUGGGUUACACCAAUUGUUUCAGCAACUGAUCAAAUUAAUGUCGUACCUGGUGUCGACACCAAGAGUUCUUCUGGGGUUUUCCAGCAUAAACAGUUGCACUAUUUUGAAUUGGACUCAGACAGUGGCUUAUUGGAUGGAUAUCAAAGACGGGCGGAACCCAGGGAUUUCCUCUACAGGUCUUCACCAUAAUUACAAUUCACAGAAUAUCAAAUUUCUUGCUUCCUUAUUGUCCAUUCUAAUACCAAUGCGGCACAAGCUACUCAAUAAACCUACAGAUAAAACCAAAACAGCGUACAGAGUCGUUAUUAUGUCUGGUAAUCCAAUCAUAUCUUCCAAGUUAAUUUAUAUCCUUACUGUGAUUUUUGCUGACACACAUUUAUUGUUCAUUAAUAAGGACAAGCAGAAGGCGCCUAAUCAAUUGCCCAAAUUCACUCCUCCAUCGUUUCCUAAUUCCGAUUUGGGCAUGAAAGACAAUGAGACUAGUCCAAUUCCGAUUCACAGGAGCACGACUAAAAGCAACUCGCCAAGGACCACGCCCUCAUCGAUCAAGAUUCCUCAAAGCUUUAGGAGACCAACAGCAGAAGCUUCUUCUUCUGUUGUCACCACUAAUGGAAUUAUUACUACUGAUUUAGGCCCUGGGCAAAGCUCAUCCGGCGAGUCUCAAGGUAUCCAUAUCAAUAGCUCUUACAACUCGCUUCAAAAUCUCUCUACGUCCUUGUCAUCGAACUCCGUGUCACAUUCAUGGAAACAUCAUGGAUUGAGUUUAUUGGAAAAAUGGAAAGCUGGCUAUAAUCCUGCGUCUAACUCUUUAUCAGUUGAUUCACACCGACAUCUUCCAAUUACUCCAUCACCCAGCAUGGACUAUGAAGAGUAUCCAUGGUCCCAACAGCUUACUCCUCCAACUUCACUUGCCGCAACGCCUGCUGAAACGCCCUUCCCAUCUAUACAUAGAGCUAAAUCAUUUGUGGACCUACAUGGUGAUGCUUCAACUUAUAAUAACACAGUCAAGUAUCGACUAGAUGAUUUGCCUAAAGUUAAAAGAGAUGCAACUACAGUGAAGACUAUCAUUUAUGAUCGCAAUGAAUCUAGCUCCGACAGGAUCAUGAUUAAUACCUAUAUCAAGACACAAUGUGAGAAGAUAAUGAAUAAUGAUGAUAUUAAUUAUGCCCUGGUGGAUUAUCCUGGGCAUUCUCAGCCGGUUUUAGAUAUUAGUGGUCAAAAUUUUACGGAAUGUCUUGAUAGUAAAUUGAAUUUGAUUGACGAGAAACCAGAUAUACUUUAUGAUUCUUUCAUGUUCAACAAGUACAACAAGAAUCAUUUUUAUAGAUUACAUCAUGCAGCACUAUUGACGCCCAUAUGUGGAUUUGUUGAUGAAUAUCGACCGGAAUUCUCCAUUCAAGCCUGUCCCAUUUCACAGCAUCUGGAACAGCAGAUCAUAACGAGUUUGAAAUAUGACACACUAAGUCGGAAUUCUCACGACUCAGUGUUAUCAGAAACCAUUUUUGUUUCAUUGAGAGCCCGAGAAAUAAAGAGUUUCAAAAUCUGUGAUGAAGGACGCCUCAACUCUAGCGGAGUCAAGUCACCGGUUGGGGACUUUUCACUUCUCGAACAACUUUCAAGAAUGAAUUUCAGUGGAGGUACUUCACCAACAGAUCACGAACAGCCAAAGUUGAAUUCGAAUGUUGAUCACCAUUGGGACAAACUUCAGGUGAAGACGAAAGUUUUGUUUCCUCAGCCGUUGCAGACUGGAGUGAAUGCUGCGUACGUCAAUAAAAUUGAUAGUUAUCUAGGAGAAGUGGCUAGUCUUUACAAUGAUUUGACACAAUUCUCUAGCUCCUUACAGCGCAGACCUAAGAAGGGAGAUGAUGUUCAAGAGAAACUUAAAGAAGCUGAAACUAAAACUUCAAAGGAGGUGGAAAGAAUAAUUUUGAAAAUGAUCACUUCUGAGGUUCCGUAUAGCUAUUCAGAUAUUUAA